AUGCCAGUGAAAAAGAAGAGGAAGUCCUCGGGGUCGGCGGCGGCAGCGGCGGAUGAUGCUGGCCUCAAGAAAUGUAAACUCGGCAGUGAAUCCGAAGGGGUCAGCACAGUCCAAAACAAAUGCAGAUCACAAGCCUCUGGUAAAGUCAUAAGUGGAGAAGAACAUUUUUCAAGCAAAAAGUGCCUGGCUUGGUUUUAUGAAUAUGCAGGUCCUGAUGAAGUUGUGGGUCCUGAAGGAAUGGAAAAGUUUUGUGAAGACAUUGGUGUUGAGCCUGAAAAUAUUAUUAUGUUAGUUUUAGCCUGGAAGCUAGAGGCUGAAAGCAUGGGAUUUUUUACCAAGGAAGAAUGGUUAAAAGGAAUGACCUCAUUACAGUGUGACUGUACAGAAAAAUUACAGAAUAAAUUUGACUUCUUGCGGUCACAAUUAAAUGACAUUUCAUCCUUUAAGAAUAUCUACAGAUACGCCUUUGAUUUUGCAAGGGAUAAAGACCAGCGAAGUCUCGAUAUUGAUACUGCAAAAUCCAUGCUAGCUCUUCUGCUUGGAAGAACUUGGCCACUGUUUUCAGUAUUUUAUCAAUACCUGGAGCAAUCGAAGUAUAGAGUUAUGAACAAGGAUCAGUGGUACAAUGUGCUAGAGUUCAGCAGAACUGUCCAUGCAGAUCUUAGCAACUAUGAUGAAGACGGUGCAUGGCCUGUACUUCUGGAUGAAUUUGUUGAAUGGCAAAAGGUUCGUCAAGCAUCAUAGCGAGAAUUCAAAAGAAAAUGCGAAAGUUUGUUUUUUUUUGUGCCCGUCUGUACACAAACUAAUGAGAAAAAGGAUUGCAUUUUCGUUCUUAAGAAAGACUUUUAAAAUAAUUUUUUUCCUUUUUUAAGGAACUUUUCUUGUUACAUGUGAUAUGGGCAUUGAACCACACCUCUUCUGAGACAUGAAAG